UUUUUGUUUCUUCUUUCUGCUGCCCUGAUCUCUUUUUACACCAAAGCAUCGUAUCGUUCCUCCUCCAAACGCUGCGUUUCGGUCUAUCUCUGAGUUCCAAGCACCCCUAUAUUUCUAAUCAUGUCUUGGUGCACCAUUGAGUCUGAUCCUGGUGUCUUUACGGAACUUAUACAACAAAUGCAAGUGAAAGGUGUCCAGGUUGAGGAGUUGUAUUCAUUGGACCUUGAUUCUCUGAACCAUCUUAGGCCAGUAUAUGGAUUGAUUUUUCUUUUCAAGUGGCGUCCAGGGGAAAAGGAUGACCGUCUUGUAAUCAAGGACCCAAACCCUAAUUUAUUUUUUGCCAGUCAGGUUAUUAACAACGCAUGUGCAACCCAAGCAAUCUUGUCUAUUCUCAUGAAUUGUCCAGAUGUUGACAUUGGUCCAGAGUUGUCGAUGUUAAAAGAAUUCACCAAGAACUUCCCCCCUGAACUCAAAGGGUUGGCUAUCAAUAACAGUGAAGCCAUACGAACAGCCCAUAACAGUUUUGCAAGACCUGAGCCCUUUGUUCCAGAGGAGCAGAAGGCUGCUGGGAAAGAUGAUGAUGUAUACCAUUUCAUAAGCUAUCUACCAGUUGAUGGCAUUCUGUAUGAAUUGGAUGGAUUGAAGGAGGGACCCAUUAGCCUGGGUCAAUGCCCUGGUGGACAAGGUGACUUAGAUUGGGUGCGUAUGGUGCAACCAGUGAUUCAGGAACGCAUUGAAAGAUAUUCCAGAAGUGAGAUCAGAUUUAACCUCAUGGCUAUCAUAAAGAAUAGGAAAGAUAUAUAUACUGGCGAGCUGAAAGAGCUGCAGAAGAGGAGGGAACACAUUUUGCACCAGUUGGCAGCCUUACAGUCAGAGAGAAUGGUGGAUAAUAGCAACAUUGAAGCUUUAAAUAAAUCCUUAUCAGAAGUAAAUGCUGGAAUUGAGGGUGCUACAGAGAAGAUAUUAAUGGAGGAGGAAAAAUUCAAGAAGUGGAGAACGGAAAACAUCCGCAGGAAACACAACUACAUUCCCUUCUUAUUUAAUUUUCUCAAGAUUCUUGCUGAAAAGAAGCAGUUGAAACCUCUUAUAGAGAAAGCCAAGCAGAAAACAAACAACAGUAGGUGAUUUCUUUUUCGCCCCCCCAUGAUGUAAUUGCUGGUACAAGGAUCCUUUCUGUUCUAGACUUUCGUAGUAUCCCUCCACCACAAAAAGAAGAGUUUAGGAAGACUUGUUUUUGCUGUUAAUUUCCUCGGUUUAUGAUGUGACUACAAACAUGGUUUGUUUCUUUUGGUAGAUGCAGAGCUAAGCCCCUGAAUUGUUUUUUUUUUUUUAUGCAUUUAACAUCCUGGAUGUAUGAUCUGA